CCAUCGUGGAUGCUCAGGGAUCUCUAAUAAGAGUCAGAUCAGAUGGAGUGUGUCAAAAGCAUGUAUGUGGAGGACCCAGAAAUUCUUCUGCUAGAGGACAGUGACCUGGCAAAGUACGACGAUGACCUGGAGAAGGAUCAGGGACACAACCCCGAGAAUGGCCCAAAAGAUUAUCUGUUGAGUGACCCAGUUAGCUCUUCAGAUAAUGAAAUAUGGGGUAUGAUUCUGAGAAAGAACUUAGGAGCCCAGCAGUGAAAAACUCCAGGGUGUCUGUGGAGACUAUGGGUCAGAGACAACUUGAAAAUGCCCUGAAGAUACAUUUACGCAGAAAGUCUGAGGAAAUCAGUGAGGGUCAGUUGCCUGGGACUGUAUAUAAGUCAUGGCAUACUAUGAAGCAGACGUCACUUCUUUCUGAGAAAUCCCAGACUGAAAUAAAACAGAGAAGUUUGCCACCAUCAGAGGUUGAGGACUACACCCUGAAUACCUUCCAGGAGCUUCCCUUUGUUGAACCUAGUGCAGAACAGAAGCUGGAAGACCAUAUUAAAAGGUUUAAUAAGAGGGUGACUUGGGGCCUUCCCCCUAGAGUCCUUGAAUCCAUACAGCACUUUAAAUCAAAAGAGUCCACAUACUCCCUUGAUGGAAGCUUGAAAUCUCUCCAUGGAGACAAAGCAGGAACAACAAAUUGCCCCAUCCCGGAUUGUCCUCUCCCUGCCAUCUCAACUGUGGGCAAGGAAGAACAUAGAAUUCUGAGGCCAUCACCCUGUAAUAUCAACCACCAUUUGGAAGAGGAUGUUCUGAAAACUAAGGAUGGCAGCCAGACUCUUACAUCUGUCAGACAUGACACCAUAGGAAGCAGACGGCCCCCAAGGCUGCCUACAAGGCAAGGUGUGUUCAGACAUGAGCCAAAGGGUAAGAGUGCAAAUUCCAGUGCUGAAAGAGGAAGGCAACAAGGCAUAAAGAUGAAUAAUCCAGAACCUAUUCUUGUGCCCACAGAGUCCAGGGAGAUAUUCAGGCCCAAGGAAUUUCAUACACAUCAAUCACAACCUAGCAUCUUGACAACCAACAAGCCAGUUAGCUCCCAAAUUAUACAGGGGAAUGAGCAUCAAGUCAAAACCACCAUCCCACCAAACAUACCAAUUCUGCAUGAUCCUAAAUCACUGAAUCUCAAAGAACAGCUCUUUCAUGAGUUAAAGCUUACGCUGGAGGACAGGGAGUGUAGCCAGGCCCAAGCCCCAUACACUGACCUGCCCCCUGCCUCAGAUCAUUUGACUUAUAAGGCCUCACUGACUCAGGGUGUCUCCUGUGGGGACACGAGAGUGUCCCAGGUGCUGCAUGUCCAUCCAGAGGACACAGGAAUUACUAUGGAACAACAGCAGGAGUCCUGGGUCCCUAAGCAUGUCUUAAGGAAGUGCCAGAAUAAGAAUCCCCCACUGGCUGCAAAGACCAUGAGGCCUCUGGGUUCCAAGGCACAAGAGCAUGGUGGAGGGGGAUGCAGGACUGGGAACAUCCCAACGAGAACAGGUUCCCUACUGAAGAUGUGGCAUCGAAGAAGAGGUUCCCUACUCAGGAUGCAGUAUUGA